AUUUAUUAAAUUUGUCAUUUAUAGAUCUGUGCUUUGAGAAUUACUGAGAGAGCUCGUGGUAGAAUUUUGAAAGCUGGAGGUGAAAUAAUGACUUUUGAUCAGUUAGCUCUGAAGUCACCAAAAGGAAAAGGAACUGUAUUGAUACAAGGACCAAGAAAAGCUAGAGAAGCAUGUAGACAUUUUGGUCCAGCUCCUGGAGUUCCACACAGCCACACUAAGCCCUAUGUUAGAUCAAAGGGAAGAAAAUUUGAGAGAGCUCGUGGUCGAAGGAAGAGUCGUGGUUUUAAAGUGUAAUAUUGUGCUAUUGAUGGUUGUAAAUAAACUGUCAAUUUGAAAUUUGAGUAGUAAAUAAAAUUGCUAUUACAUUAUAAAA